AUGGCGCUCGCCGUAGACUCCGCCGUCCUGGACCGCGACGAGAAGGGCAACCCUCGGGCGCUCCGCCUGUUCGCCUGGCUCGUGGAGGCCGAGUCUCUCUACUGCGCCGCCGCCGCCUCCCGGCCCGCCGAGAACGACCUCGUCAAGAGUUUCCGCGGCGGCGCGACCCCGGAAGUCCGGAUCGUCGACUUCCUGGAACUCAUCCAGCGCUACCUCCACUGCGAGGGAAGCAUCUACGUCCUCGCGGCGGCGCACCUGACCCGCUUCAUGCGGAGCCGCGCCGCCCGCGAGGCGGGGAUCCGGAUCGAGCCGUCCACGGCGCACCGCCUCGUGUCCGUGGCGCUCCUCGUCGCCGGCAAGUUCGCGAGCGCUCCGUACCUGCCCAAUAGCCAGAAGGUGCUCCCAGUGUGCUCGCGGCAGUCGAUCCGGCCGGCCGAGUUCGCCGCGCUCGAGCGGUCCUUCCUUCGCGCUAUCGACUACCGCCUAUUCGUCAGUGACGAAGAGUUCCUCAAGUUCUGUGGCCGCCUCGAGGACGCGCCGCGGCGCACCAAGAAGAGGAAGGCGGCGCCGGUGGAGGAGCCCCGCCGCGUCCGCGCUGCGCCCGGCGUGACGGCGUCUUGA